CCGCACCAUGCCCGAGCCGCCGCUGCCAGCGCACGACGGCGACCGGCCCCGGCGGGCCCCGACCGGCGAGGAGCGAACGGAACCGGCGGCUCCCACCGGCGUCCUGGAUAAACUCUUCGGGAAGCGGCUGCUCCAGGCCGGGCGUUACAUCAUGUCCCACAAAGCCUGGAUGAAAACGGUGCCCACAGAGAACUGUGACGUGCUCAUGACCUUCCCAGACACCACGGACGACCACACGCUGCUCUGGCUCCUGAACCACAUCCGCCUGGGCAUCCCCGAGCUCAUCGUGCAGGUGCGGCACCACAAGCACACCCGUGUCUACGCCUUCUUCGUCACCGCCACCUACGAGAGUUUGCUGCGCGGGGCAGAUGAGAUUGGGCUGAGGAAGCCGGUGAAAGCUGAGUUCGGGGGGGGCAUGAGGAGCUUCUCCUGUGAGGAGGAUUACAUCUACGAGAACAUCGAGAAUGAAAUUCACUUCUUCACCUCUCAGGAAAGGCAAAACAUCAUCAGGUACUGGCUGGAGAACCUGCGGGCCAAGCAGGGCGAGUCGCUGCACAACAUCCACUUCCUCGAGGGACAGCCCAUCAUCCCGGAGCUGGCAGCUCGGGGUGUCAUCCAGCAGCUCUUCCCGCUGCACGAGCAGAGGAUCCUCAAGCGGCUCAUGAAGUCCUGGGUGCAGGCGGUCUGCGAGGCCCAGCCCCUCGAUGAGAUCUGUGACUACUUCGGGGUGAAGAUCGCCAUGUACUUUGCCUGGUUGGGCUUCUACACCUCGGCCAUGGUUUACCCUGCUGUCUUUGGCUCCAUCCUCUACACCUUCACUGAGAGUGACCAGACCAGCCAGGACAUCUGCUGCGUGGUCUUUGCCAUCUUCAACGUCAUCUGGUCCACCCUGUUCCUCGAGGAGUGGAAGCGCCGCGGGGCCGAAUUCGCCUACAAAUGGGGGACGUUGGACACUCCGGCCGAGUCCAUCGAGGAGCCCCGGCCCCAGUUCAGGGGCAUUAAGAGAAUCAGCCCUGUGACCAGCACAGAGGAGUUUUACUACCCACCCUGGAAGCGUUUGCUCUUCCAGUGCCUGGUCAGCCUCCCCAUCUGCCUCGCCUGCCUCUCCUUCAUCUUCCUCCUCAUGCUGGGCUGCUUCCAGCUCCAGGAGUUUGUGCUGAGCAUCCAGGAGCUGCCCAGGAUCAUCCGUUUCCUCCCCAAAAUCAUCCUGGCCCUCAUCGUCACGGCCUGUGACGAGGCUUACAAGAAGGUUGCCUACUGGCUGAACGACAUGGAGAACUACCGCCUGCAGAGUGCCUAUGAGAAACACCUCAUCAUCAAAAUCGUCCUGUUUCAGUUUGUAAAUUCAUACCUGAGUCUUUUCUACAUCGGUUUCUACCUCAAGGACAUGGAGCGGCUGAAGGAGAUGUUGGCCACUCUGCUCAUCACCCGCCAGUUCCUGCAGAACGUCCGGGAGGUGUCACAGCCUCACCUGUACCAGCGCCUGCGCCGGGGGGACCUCAACCUGCGCAGCCUCCGGCAGCUCGCCCACGCCGUCCUCCAGCUGCUCAGCCCCCGCCGCCAGCCCACCGGCCCCUCCGACGCCCCUCGGCGGGAGAAGAAGUGUCUGAACGGGGGCUGCGGGGUGCCGGAGGAAGAGGAGGAGGAGGAAGAGCGCGGCGAGUCGGACUCGGAGGAGGAGAGCGCGCUGGACUGCGGGCUGAAGCUGAAGAAGGUGAGCUUCAUCGAGAGAGCGGAGCGGCGCGGCCCCGAGCCCGGCGGCCCCGAGGACGAGAGCUUCCUGGAGGAGGGCAGCCCCACCAUGGUGGAGAAAGGCAUGGACCCAGCCUCGGUCUUUGAGCUGUGCGAGGAUGAGGAGGAGGCCGAAGGUCCCCCCGGCAGCCCGGUGAAGGCGGCGGAGCCGGUGCGAGGCGGCCGGAGGAGGAAAGGGGCUGAGAGCAGGGAGGAGGAGGAGGGUGAGGAGGAAGGGAGGAGGCGUAACCGGGCGUCGUGGAUCGACCCACCGGAGGAGGAUUACUCCACGCAGCUGACGCAGGCGGAGGUGGAGAGCUGCAUGAAGAAGUACAAGGACACCUUCCAGGACUACCAGGAGAUGUUCAUCCAGUUUGGGUACGUGGUGCUCUUCUCCUCCGCCUUCCCCUUGGCUGCCAUGUGUGCUCUGGUGAACAACGUCAUCGAGAUCCGGAGCGACGCCUUCAAGCUGUGCACGGGGCUGCAGAGGCCCUUCGGCCAGCGGGUCGAGAGCAUCGGGCAGUGGCAGAAGGUGAUGGAGGCCAUGGGUGUCCUGGCCAUCGUGGUCAACUGCUACCUGAUCUCCCAGUGCGGGCAGCUGCAGCGCCUCUUCCCCUGGCUCAGCCCCGAGGGAGCCAUCAUCUCUGUGGUGGUGCUGGAGCACGUCGCCUUGUUCCUGAAGUACAUCAUCCAGGUGGCCAUCCCCGACAUCCCCGCCUGGGUGGCCGAGGAGAUGGCCAAGCUGGAGUACCAGCGCCGCGAGGCCUUCAAGAAGCACGAGCGGCAGGCUCAGCACCACUUCCAGCAGCAGCAGCGGCGCAAGCGCGAGGAGGAGGAGCGGCAGCGACACGCCGAGUUCCAGGCGCGCCGGGAGCGCGAGGGCGGCCGCGACGAGCCCAAGCCCGAGGCCGCCGGGCAGGACCCGGCCCACGACAAGAGCCAAGGCAAAGGGAAAGGCUCCGGGGGUUCUUCACACGGUUCUGACAAACCCAAACGACCCAGUUCUCUCCUGGCAACCAACAACGUGCUGAAGCUGAAGCAGAUCAUCCCUUUGCAGGGCAAGUUCCUGUCCGGGGGGGCCGGCGGCACGGCCACGGCCAGGUCCCCGCAGUCCCCCACGGGCAGCGAGAACAAGCUGCCCGGCUUCCUCAGCUUCAAGUUCCUCAAGUCCCCGGAGACUAAGCGGGACACGGCAACAGAGAAGGUGCAGUCGCCCACCAAGCCGUUCAACCCCGGCAAGCUCUUCAACUUCGGCAAGUCUGAAGGGGCCGGUGGCAACGGCGCCGCGGCCGCCGCUCCCCCCCAGCCCCGGCCCGGCCCCUCGGCAGAGCCCGGCGAGCGGCCGCUCCCCAGCAAGUCCCAUCUCAACGGGGUGCCGGAGGAGGGGGGCCGAGAGGAGCCGGAGAGCCGGGUGGAGGAGGAGAGCGGGGGCUACAAACUCUAA